AUGUUGAUUGCGCACCUUGCGCAAAUUUGCUCAGAACUUCCUCCGUCUCGGGUACACAACACCUCGUCCUCUGCGCAAAACCUCCACCAUUUUCACACCUCACUCAGCCACGCACAAACCCCCAUAUUCACGCAUUGCUUCCCGGACGACAUAGGGCCCUUAGCUCUUGUCGCCAUGGACGUUGUCAAACUUCUUGGACCCGUUCUCGUCUGGAUUGCCUAUCCCACUUCCCAAACAAGAAGUCUCUGGAAGAAAUUGGCAACGAAGGAGAGGAAAUGGUGCAAAAAAAUUAGCACACUUCGGCAGCUGCCAGUGCGAAACAGCAAGAGAGCGACGCAAAAUUGCGGUGCUUCAAAAAGAGCUGACGGUGGUGGAAGAAAGGGAAUAAGAGAUGAAGAGUGGGAAGCCGAGAACACAGCUUACCGCAAGGCACUCCAUCAGAAGGAUGGGAACAACAGUGGGCUCGGCAAGCAGCUUACCAUUGCCCACGAGCAGAUUGCUGCAGACCUCCAUGCGUCGUCCGAUAGCGACUCUGCUCUCUUCCACCUCACCGCGAUGAACACUCAAAUCCUCAUCGAGUUAGACGAGCAGCACGCUAAAACUCAAGCCAAGUCUAUCCCACAAGGUGAUCAAGUCGUUCAAGAAGAGAGCAUAACGCCCGCACCGAGCAAUAGUGAUGCCUCACCUUCUGAGUUGGGAUUUCCUCGCGAUCAGACGUGUACAAACUUUGGCUGUGGAUUUAAGAGUGAUAAGAGGCCUGAGUUCUACGCCCACACCAAGAAAUGCGCCGACAACCAGAGGGGGCUGAAGGCAGGCGUGGUAUUCCCACAUUAA